AUGAUGCAUCGUUGUAGUGGGAGUAUGGUUGGUCCAUGUUCAUGCGGUCUGUUUCAUAACCAAACCGGCACUAAUACUACUACUUCUUCAUCUGCAUUCUCAAUGCUCUUCCCCGAUGAAUAUUCGGAAAACAUGUACUGUUUUGCUCCUUCAUCUGUCGAUUGUACUCUUUCCUUAGGAACUCCUUCUACUCGCCUUAUCAAUGACGACAAUCAUGAAAAGAGAUCAUCAGUUUACUCUAAUAAUCAUGAACGUCGUCGUUCUUCCUCUAACUGCAUGUCCAAUUUCUGGGAUAUUCUUCACCCCAAACAACAUCUUACUACUCCUCCUUCCGCUCAAUACAAGUCCACUCGUGCUCCCAACAACAACUCUACUACUGAUCCCCUUGUUGCUCGCCGCUGUGCUAACUGUGACACCACUUCUACACCUCUAUGGAGAAAUGGCCCUAGAGGACCUAAGUCACUUUGCAAUGCGUGUGGAAUUCGUUUUAAGAAGGAAGAGAGAAGAGCGAGUGCAGCAACAGCGACGGCUAACGGUGGAGGGGGAAUGGAAACGACGACGCAUAAACACUGGGUUCAUCAUCAUCACCAUUCACAGCCUACAAAAAUGCCUUGUUUCUCUUCAGCUAGUUAUGGAAAUGGUCAGUUCAGGUUCAUUGAGGAUAAUGAACAUCACCGUGACUCCGAUGCUACGGCCACCGGCAUCCCGUUCUUUCCUUGGCGUCUCAAUGUUGCUGAUAGGCCUAGCCUUGUUCAUGACUUUACUAGAUGA